AAUUUUAUAUUUGUUUGACUUAGACAAAAUGCAGACACAAAAACAGAAUGCUGUCAAACCAAAGCAAGUGAAAUUAUGGAAGAAUUCUCCCAGUUCGGACAAAAAAAGUACUAAAUUUAAUUCUGAAAAGAAAGAAGCAUUUGGAAUAGGAAAAUCAAAUACAUAUAAAAGUGCUAAGAGGAAGAAGUUUCAACAAAACAAGAAUGUUAAUGCAGGCUAUAACAAAAAAUGGAACAUACUUGGGAAAGAUCAAGCUGAAACACCAAAAGAAGGAAGCAAUAAAAGGAAAAAUGAAAGUUCUGAAGGUACUGGACCUAACAAAAAGGCUAAAAAAAGCAGUAUGACAUUGAAAGAUAGGAAAAAGUAUCGUUUAUCAAAAAAAGGAAAAUUAGAAACUUUUGAAAUUGGACAGACUCUAAAAAUUUUAUGGGAAGAAUUACGAAGAGAUGACUGCAAACCUGAAAGAAAAAUUCAACUAAUAAAGCAAGUCUGUGAAUUACUAAAAGGUCGAGUGAAAGAGUUUACAUUUGCUCAUGAUACUGUUCGGGUCCUUGAAUGUGUGUUUGCACUAGGAGCUGAAACUUAUCGUUCUCUUUUAUUUGAAGAAUUAAAAGAUGAUAUCAUUCCUUUGGCAAAGUCUAAAUAUGGAAGAUUUUUGCUAUUGAAAGUAUUAAAAUAUGGUACCAAGGAGCAUAAAAAUGCAAUAAUGAAGGCAUUUCAUGGAAAGGUCAUCUCACUGAUGAGGCAUACUGAUGCAGCUGUAGUAUUAGAAAGUGCUUUCAGUGAAUGUGCAUCUGCCACACAAAGAUUUGAAUUUGUACAAGAAUUCUAUGGCCCCAGUUAUAGGUAUUUUAAGACAACUGAAUUUCAUUCUCUAAAAGAAUUAUUUGAAAAACAUCCUGAACAAAAAUCUACUGUUAUCCAAAACAUGAAAGAUGAACUCAUGAAAGUGCUAGAUAAGUCUGUUAUCAAGCACAGUAUUGUGCACCAUGUUUUGCUACAGUUCAUAACGAACUGUGAUCCAGAGUCUAGAGCAGAACUGAUUGAAUCUCUUCGAGAUGCUGUUGCAGAAAUACUGCAUACAAGAGAUGGUUCUAGAGUAGCUAUGCAUUGUGUAUGGCAUGGGACUCAAAAGGAUCGUAAACUGAUUAUAAGAAGUAUGAAGACAUUUGUGGCAAAAAUCGCCAUGGAAGAAUGUGGCCAUAUGGUACUUUUAGCUUUAUUUGAUUGCAUGGAUGAUACCAAAGUUUUGAUGAAGCACAUCAUUAAAGAACUGAUCAGCAAUUUAUUUGAAAUUUCUAAAAAUGUUCAUGGCAAAAAAGUUUUGAUUUACUUGCUUAAUCACCGUGAUCCUCAUUUUAUUCACCCAGAUGUGAUUGCUAUUCUUAAAUAUGGAGAUGAACAUGCAAUAAGCAAAAAGGAUGCAGAAGUGCGAUGUGCUGAGCUUAGAUCAUAUGUUUCUGGGCCUUUUCUAGAAUUAAUCGUAUCAAAUAUCCGCACGAUGUAUACAGAUAAUGCAUUCUGUCUUUUUGUUGCAACAGUCUUAAAGUUUGCAGUUGGAGACAAAUCUGAAGCUUUCAAAGCAAUAGCUGAAUUGGCUGCAGUACCUUAUACCUCUGAGACUAAAAAUACACAUGCUAUUGAACAUGCUGGUUCCAGUUUCAUGUAUAAACAACUAAUUAUUCAGGAUAAAGAACGGGAUUCUGGUUCAACUUUUAGUGAGAUUCUUGUGAAAACUGCUCCUCAGGGUGUAAUGAAAUCUUGGGCAGAGUGUAAUAGAGGAGCAUUCUUAUUGGUCAGCCUUUUAGAAACAUCAGUAUCAUUAGUUGUUGAUAGAGUCAAAGAAGAAAUGGAUGGUUAUAAGAAACAGUUAGCAAAGAAGUCUUUCAAAGGAGCAGAAAUACUUUUGAAGAAACUUAAAGAAUGAUUGUAAAUAUUACUGUAUAAUUAAAAAAAAAUUUUUUUUUUAAACAAAA